GUGGUGGAGGUCUGAGUGUCAGGAUACAUCCCACAUCUGCAAACAAGUUGAUUCAAUUCAAUUAGCCAAAGGCUUUAGGCUUGAAGGACAAGAAGAAGAUUUGGAAAAGAUUGCUGCUGAAGAACAUAAGGAAUUCACUUUCCAAACCCUAGUUUCUGCAACAAGAAAUUUCCAUGCUGAUAAUAAGCUUGGCCAUGGAGAUUUUGGCCCUGUUUUCAAGGGGAAGUUGGAAGAUGGGAGGGUGAUUGUUGUCAAAAAGUUGUCACAUUCCUAUCAGAUUGUGAAGGACUUCACAAAAGAGAUGAGACUGUUAACUCGAGUGCAGCAUCGCAAUGUUGUGAACUUAAUAGGAUACUGUGUGCACCCGGAAAAGCUUUUAGUAUACGAAUAUGUUGUUAAUGGCAGCUUAGAUGAGCUUCUUUUCGAAUCUGGAGAUCGAGAUUCACUAGAUUGGAAGAGAAGAUAUGAUGUAAUUUGUGGUGUUGCUCGUGGAUUGCGUUACCUGCAUCAAGAUUCGCAUGAAUGCUUCAUCCAUAGAGAUAUGAAAGCCAGUAAUGUAUUGCUGAACGAGAAAUGGGUACCCAAGAUUGCCGAUUUCGGGAUGGCUAGACUCUAUCCUGAAGAUCAGACUCGUGUUAAUACCCGUGUGGCGGACACUAAUGGGUAUGUAGCACCAGAGUAUGCAAUGCAUGGUAACUUAACUGUGAAAACGGAUGUUUACAGUUUCGGGGUGUUGGUUCUAGAGAUCGUUAGCGGUCAGAAGAACUUGAGUUUCAGUCUGGAUUCUGAUUGCCAAAAUCUACUGGAUUGGGCUUAUAAGAUGUACAAGAAAGGGAAAGGUUUUGAGAUUAUGGAUUCGAGAUUGGGUUCUUCGGUUGCGCAUGAUCAGGUGGAAGCUUGUGUGCAGAUCGGAUUGUUGUGCACUCAAUCUGAUCCCCAGCUCCGACCCACCAUGGACCGUGUGGUGACGAUGCUAUCGAAAAAAUCUGGUGCUCUAGAUGAACCGAUUCGGCCUGGUAUACCAGGUACAAGGUACAGAAGGUCUAGAGCCUCUACUUCUAACUUUUGAACUAUACUUAGGGAAUGUUUGGUUGGUUUUCAUUAAGUCAUGUAUAGGUAAAGCUGUCUGUGUAUUAAUAUGUUUGUAUAGAAUCGGAAAGAUUUUUGUUUACGAGGGUUUUUCAUAGAUGAAAGAAGAGUGAUUUUUAAUUGAGAUGGACAAGUCCAGAAAAAAAGUCGACUUUAUGCAUAAAGCUCCUCUCUAAAA